GCACAGCUGUUCGCAUAGCAGAAAGAAACAGUGAAAAGGGAAUAAUUACAUAAAAAAACACACUGACCGGCACUUUUUAGACAACUUCCCGAAGUUUCCGCCGAAAAUAGGUCCCGAGCAGAAUUACCGGGAGCGGGAGUUGCAUUGGGCGUAACCAAAGCAUGAGUGGUUACCAAUAUCUGGACGUGAAGCUGAAACUCCGUGAUCCAGACUCCGUGACUUUGACGCCCGUUUUCCUUUGCGGCUGCAUCCUCAACUCCUUGACGAAUAUUUUUGGCGAAAUUGGUGGCCAAACUACGCUAGAAAUCGUUAAAUUCAGCUCAACCGACAAACGAUUCAUUUUCCGGGUGUCCGAGGAUUUCCUGAAACGCGUCCGCAUAGCUAUAUCCCUGAUAGGAUACUACCAAGAGGUGCCCUGCCAUUUCCAGGUGCUCAGCACAUCCCAAAAACCUUUGGAUUUCGAGGCAACUCCCGAGGAAUUUAUAGCAUUUUAACUAAAGAAACUCAAACAGGAUGUCAUUUUCUUUUUGCAAGGAGUACGGCAAGGACAAGGUGAUCUUUGUCACCAAGGAAGACCAUGCCACGCCCAGCACCAUCGAGCUGCCGCCACCGG